AGGUGGCCACUGAGCUGCGCAUGCGCCAUGUGCCCCUGUGGCGUAGGACCUCGUCCCAUCGCGACUCACCGCGAGGUGGGGCCUGUUGCUGAGGGGCUUCGGCUGUCAGAGUAGACAUGGGGGCCGGCCGCACGGGGGCUGUGCUUGCUGCCCUGGGAGUGCUUAGUGUCUGUGCGGCCAGCGGCUCAAGGCCCGUGGCGGAGGGAGAGACCGGCAGGGAGGUGGAGUGGGCGGAGCCGUGGGACGGCGCAGUUUUCCGGCCUCCCUCCGCGCUGGGCGCAGUGGGGGUGGCGCGCGGUCCAGGGACCCCGCGGCCGGGGAGGGGGGAGGCGGUGGACCUGCCGGUGCUGCUAUGGUGGAGCCCAGGGCUGUUCCCUCACUUCCCGGGCGACUCGGAGCGCAUCGAGUGCGCGCGCGGCGCGUGCGUGGCCUCCCGGGACCGACGGGUGCGGGGAGACUCGCGGACGCGCGCACUGCUCUUCUACGGCACCGACUUCCGCGCGUCCGAAGCGCCGCUGCCGCGCUUGGCGCACCAGAGCUGGGCGCUCCUGCACGAGGAGUCGCCCCUCAACAACUUCUUGCUGAGCCACAGUCCGGGCAUCCGCCUCUUCAAUCUUACCGCCACCUUCAGCCGUCACUCGGACUACCCGCUGCCGCUGCAGUGGCUGCCCGGGACCGCCUAUCUGCGCCGCGCGGCGCCUCCGCUCCCGGAACGCGCGGACUGGCGCCGCCGGGGCUACGCGCCGCUGCUCUAUCUGCAGUCCCACUGCGACGUGCCUGCGGACCGGGACCGCUACGUGCGCGAGCUCAUGCGCUACAUCCCGGUGGACUCAUAUGGGAAAUGCCUGAAGAAUCGGGAGCUGCCCACGCCGCGGCUACAGGACACAGCCACAGCCACCACUGAGGAUCCAGAACUCUUGGCCUUCUUGUCCCGCUAUAAGUUUCAUUUGGCUCUCGAAAACGCCAUCUGUGACGACUACAUGACGGAAAAACUGUGGCGCCCCAUGCACCUCGGUGCUGUGCCUGUGUACCGCGGCUCUCCCUCUGUGAGGGACUGGGUGCCCAACAAUCACUCCAUCAUCCUCAUUGACGACUUUGAGUCGCCGCAGAAGCUGGCAGAGUUUAUUGACUUUCUGGACAAAAAUGAUGAGGAAUAUAUGAAAUACCUGGCAUACAAGCAACCUGGGGGCAUCACCAACCAGUUCCUUCUGGAUAGUCUGAAGCAGCGGGAGUGGGGAGUGAAUGAUCCUUUACUGCCUAACUACCUUAACGGCUUCGAGUGUUUCGUCUGUGACCACGAACUGGCUCGGCUGGAUGCCGAGAAGGCCCAUGCAGCCUCUCCUGGGGACAUCCCUGUCCCUGAGCCUCAUAUUGCCCAGCCCUCACACAUGGACUGCCCAGUGCCCACACCUGGCUUUGGCAGUGUGGAAGAGAUUCCUGAGAAUGACAGCUGGAAGGAGAUGUGGCUGCAAGAUUACUGGCAAGGCCUGGACCAGGGGGAAGCUCUCACUGCCAUGAUCCACAACAAUGAGACACUGCAGAGGAAAUUUUGGGAUUACCUAACUGAGAUCUUCAUGAAAAGGAACCAAAAUCUCUAAUUACUCUUGCAAGAGUCCUUAACUUGAUAGAGCUAAGGAGAUGGAAGUCCUUAUUCUACCGUGGGACAUGAAGGGUAUCUGCUACGCAAGUUCUUAAUGAGCACUGUCUUACCAUGAGUUCAAAGAAUAAGUUAUAUCUACUGAUAUUUUAUUCUAAAGAUGUGUAGCCAGGGUCUCAGCCUAUGGUAAUAGGGCCUCUACUCAAGGAGAGAUGGGGGCAUCCAGUUCUUGGUUUAGUGGGAACCAGAAGCCUGAAACACCCAUUUGAUUAAAGGUGCUGAUCAACAAAAAUUUUAAAGAACUGCUUAUUUCUCUAGCCAUAUCAUCCUCUCAGUCAUGAUUGGGACAACACGUUAGUACUUGGCUGUGAAUGAGGUAAGAUGGGCCAGGUUUAGCAUCUUUAGAAAACUACUGUGCUAUUCCUCAAACCAUUCAUUAUUCGGUACCUUUCCCAGUCUCCUUUCCUCAUCUCUGGCUUUAUAAACUGUUAUGUUGGUGGUGAAGCAAAACUCCUGGUGGGUUGUAUUCUGGCUCUCUGGAGUUGUAUUUUUUAUAUCAUUGACUUUGCUUUUCAUGUCAACCUUUUCAUUUUGAAUGGCUUUUUCUUUCCUGGUUUUCCACAAUUUCUGAUGGAGACGGAGUAGCCUUGCCACCAUUCCCACAUUCAUUUUCCCCAGCAUUAAACUGCCUGUAGAUUUGACAGCUUUUCUUACUGCUGGUUUGCUUCUUAUCUAGGGCAUAUCUGAAAUUCCUUCUCCACUCAUGAGUAGAAAGAUUCAGUGGCUAAUAAAUGUCAUGCCAAUUUAAUGAAUUGUCCUGCUCUAUUUUAGAUUAGAGAUGGAGACUCAGGCUGGAAAUGACAGCAGAAAAAGCUAUGAUUUUGAAAUGUUGAAAUAGGCCAAUGUGAAUCUAAGUGCAGAUUUUUAUAAGUCCUUGAUCUCUUCUGUCUGCCUAAUGAACUCUUCUAUUAUUUUUAUAUGCUACAAAAGUCCAUUUCCCCCCAAAACUCAUGAAAAUUAUGGCAGAAAAAACAGCCCAGCAAUAUAGCUCUAGUAAUUCUUUCAUAUUCUGUGGCACUUUUCACUUUAAGUGGGAUAAAUAUUCCAACUUCAUUCGCUCUAUUACUGUUACAACGCACAACUUUAUAGUACUUACUGAGACUACAUUUUGAUGGAGCCCACCCACCUAAGCUCAAGGGCAUGAGAAGCGAAGCAAGACAUUUAAGCCAUCACAAGUGGCUGGCUAAAUAAAAAGUUGUUAGUCAGAUUUAGGGAGGUAGCCAGACCCUUCUAUUGCUGUGGUUUAAACAUAUAGCUUAAUGGACAGGGAGACCAUUUGCUUUUUCUGGGGCAGUGGAACAAGAAAGAAUACCUUGGAUCUUAGAACUACCCUGGUUGUAAUAUUGUAUUAAUGAGUUAUCACUAGAAAAGUUCCAUAGCUUAUCAAUAUGUCUGGUUUAAUUAGUGUGUAUGUAUGUAUGUAUAUAUGCACACAUUAAUUUACAAACAUAUAUAUAUAUAUAUAGUUGUAAAGACUGAAGAGGAAGAUGAUGCUUAUGACUUCAGUACAGACUAUGUAUAAUAGAAUCUUGUCCUUCUAUAAGGUUUUGUUGGGUUUUAAUUUUUUUUUUUACAUCUUUAUUGGAGUAUAAUUGUUUUACAAUGGUGUGUUAGUUUCUGCUCCAUAACAAAGUGAAUCAGCCAUACAUAUACACGUUCCCAUAUCUCUUCCCUCUUGUGUCUCCCUCCCUCCCACCCUCCCUAUCCCACCCCUCCAGGCGGUCACACACCACCGAGCUGAUCUCCCUGUGCGAUGUGGCUGCUUCCCACUAGCUAGCUAUCUACCUUACGUUUGGUAGUGUAUAUAUGUCCAUGCCUCUCUCUCCCUUUGUCACAGCUUACCCUUCCCCUUCCCCAUAUCCUCAAGUCCAUUCUCUAGUAGGUCUGUGUCUUUAUUCCUGUCUUAUCCCUAGGUUCUUCAUGACAUUUUUUUCUUAAAUUCCAUAUAUAUGUGUUCGCAUACGGUAUUUGUCUUUCUCUUUCUGACUUACUUCACUCUGUAUGACAGAUUCUAGGUCUAUCCACC